CCUCAUUGAAAGCCUGACCAACCCCAACUUCACCAGUCCCGUCCACCUCUUCAUCCUCCUCCACCUUUUAAAACCCUCUUCUACGCCAUUUACCCUCCGCCACGAUUCCUUUAUUUCACUUGACAUAUCGUAUCGCUCGGUAUAGCAAUUCGGCCAAGCAAACGCUCCCAUAAUACAUUCACAGCGCUUAACGCUGACUCUCGACCCAUUUGUAUUCUCGCAACCGGCGAUAGAAUUUGGAACUUUGGUUCUUGACGUCCAACACUAAAACCACCGCUGGUGUCUUAACGGCCAACACACAAACCCUCUUUAUCGGCAAACAUAUUCGUCACCAAUUUUGGCUUAGACAGCUUGCACUGUCUUUGAGUGAUUUAUUCAUUCAUUGAUUGUUGAACAAGGAUCGUUCCCGAGUCCCAUCGGGUGCUUUUGGAACUUGCGACAACAUGAACGUUCUGCUCUCGCCUCAGCCUCCUGUCUUCCCUCAUCAACACGAAAACCCUCGUCUCUCCCCUCAGCGAUCCCUGCCUCCCUUUCACAGUAUGGCCUCUCGAAAGCGGAAAGCUGACGAGGAUGGUGAUGAGACCAUGUCACCCAGGAGUUCUCCUACCAUCUCUGCUCGACCUCUAGCUCGACCAUCGAAGAAAGUUCGAUCCAACGAAGUCAUCGGUCGACCUCUUGCACUUCCACGACUUCUCGAGACUCUUGAUACUUCUCAACUAAGAACCGUCCUUGAGCGCAUAUGCGAAACCCAUCCCGAUAUUGGUCAUGAGGUUGUCUCACAAGCUCCUCGACCUUCAGUUCCGUCCGCCCUGCAAGUUUUGCAAGGUUACGAGGCCAAGUUGAAGGAUGCUAUUCCAUACGGCGAAACUAGCCCGGAAUACACCUACUAUCGAAUUAAAGAGCCGCUGGUUGCUUUGAUUGACGCACUGUCUGACUUCACCCCUCAAUUCCUCCCACCAAAUGAAAACCAGCCUACCAAAUCACUUGAAUUCUUGGACGAGGCCACAAACAUUAUUCAUAGACUUCCCAAUUGGGAGCCGCAGACAUACCGACACCAUAAGGAAACUGCGUAUGAGGAAAUAUCGAAGGCAUGGGCACUCGUUAUCAACGAGGCUGGCAAGAGGGCUGGUGGUUUUAAUUUACAUACUGGAGGAUGGGACCAAAUUUUGUCUCGACACAAUGAACAAUCCGGUGAUCGUCUUGCCUCAGCAAUCAACGCCAUGUCCACGAGUGUUGGAUGGAUAGGCGCCAAUGCAAACCCAGGAGCUGGAGGGCCCUCUGACCCUAAUUCUAUUCUCAACCAGCUCAUGUCUGGUACCUAUGGAGCUCCCGUUAGAGUUGGGCCCUGGUAGGGACAGUUGUGACCUGGAGCUCUCCAAGAUAAUGAUUGCAUAUCGCGGCGCACCGGACGAGUCAUCUUCGCACAUAUUACGACCAAAUCAUUACGACGACUUUCAUUUGGCAGCAUUGGCGGCAUAGACUUGAGGCACCCAUUUCUUUAUUUUACGACAGGGUGGUCGGCGUUUUGCGUGCAUUUUUUAUAUCCCUUUCCUUCACUUAUGAACCAGUAGGGAUUACUGUUAUACGGAUUGGUUGAUUUCCCAAGCAACCCCGACAGCGCAGACAGACUGCGUGUGCCUGUAUGUAGAAAUUUGAUAUAUAUUUCGUUUGUUAUCUUGACAGUCUUGGCAGAAA